GUAGUCGGGGAACAGAAUAGAUAUUAUACACAUCAAAUAUGUAUAUAAUUUAUUUACGAACGUCGGCGGCAUGACCUCAUGACAAGCACGUUGAUUUGUUUUUUUUUUCAUUUUUUUCUCAUUUCGCAUUUCUUGAUAUUUUAUUUGCUCCCGUAGUGCCUAAGCGGUUUCUCUCUCGUAGUCUCGCCUGUCUUCAUUUUACAGUCAUCUGUUGGUCGCAGCGCCGCGGUUAUAAUACUCUCGAUUAUCAUUUUGUUUGAAGUUUCCACCGUCGUUUAAGACGCGCUCGCGUCGUCAAUAAUAAUAAUAUUUACCGCCAUCGUCGUCAUCGUCAUUAUUAUUAUUAUUAUUGUUAUUACUAUUGUAUUGUGUAGUAGUAUUAGUAGCAGCAGCGGCAGCAGUUGGUCGUGUAGAAUCGAAGCCGAAGUCAAACAAUAAUAGCCGAAGACAAUUUUGCGGAACAUACCCUUGUGUUAUCUGCGCUUACUUGUUUAGAGGUAACAGUAUUAUAUUGUUAUCGAUUUAAACGUGAACAAAAGAGAUUUCGAUGCGAUGAUUUUUUCGUUUGCCCGGUGACUUAAAGUACGCCAACAAUGGAUAAGAACGUUGUGUCCGAGGACGACAUCAGUUCGUUGAUCGGACAUUUCGCAAAAGAGACGUUCAAAUGCACCAACAGCGAUUCAUUUGGUUUUGAUGUUAUGGAAAAAUGUUUAAAUCUAUUACGCUUGGACUACAAAUUUAUGAUUAUUGAUAACAGCAAAGGGCGUAUAAAUGAGCAAUAUCCACAUAAAAUACCAAUUUUACAACAUGAAAGAUUUCCAAGAGGACCAAGAACUUCAUCUAGUUCUGUUGAUGACAUUUCGCCAAAAGGGAAUUGUAAUCGGAAGAGAAAUAGUUUAGGUGCACCUUCGCCUAGUAAUCAUUCGUCUCCAGAACCUUACGUACGAUCUCAAUCACCAAGGCUUAAUAGCCCCAAAAAAAGUAGUGAAGUAGUUGGUACUGAUGUAGUAUUAAUUGAUACUUUGAUCAAUGAAGCCAAAUUUGCACGUUGUCGCAACCGGUUUGUUGUGCCAGUCAUACUAUAUCAAGGAAAAUAUAUUUGCAGGUCUUCAACAAUAGCAAGAAUGACAGAAAUAGGUCUUGGGACUGCAACAGCAAAAGGUCUGUCUUUUGAAGAAUUCAGACAACUUGAUAAAAAACGAAAAUGUGAUGUAGAAUUACUUAACGCUUGGAAAGUAGGCACUAUUAUUGAUUUAAUGGUUGAAAAUGAAAAGCAGAAAUAUUUAUUUGCUGUAACAUCUUCAGAAAAAGUAGAUGAUACUCAAAAAUAUGCCGUGUUCCGUAUUAUACCUACACCAUAUCCGGGAUGUGAAUUUUUCCUCGAUUUUAAGAAAAACAAUUAUAAUUCUGAAGGAUUAAUGUUUGAUUGGUCUGAUCCAUCUAUUGAUUCAACGCUUAAUGUGAAACCUAAUCCUGCUGUUGAUCAGUUGGAUAUCCAAUGGAGUAAAUACAAGGAGUGGGACUUACGGCAACUAACAGAAAACUACUUAAGUUUGAUGUUAAAAUAUGUUUGGUGUUCAUCAAAAGGUAUAUUAAUCCAUUGCAUCAGUGGUUGGGAUCGUACACCUAUGUUUAUAUCGCUAUUGAGAAUGUCCUUAUGGGCUGAUGGUGUUAUUCAUAAAUCAUUGUCUCCUAGCCAGAUUCUUUAUUUAACACUUGGAUAUGACUGGUAUUUAUUCGGACAUAACCUAGAAAAUCGUCUUGAAAAAGGAGAAGAUAUAAUGCAUUUUUGUUUUCAUUUCCUCAAAUACAUUUUUGGUGAUGAUUUCAAGACACCUAGUAUGCCUUCUGCUGUUACUGCACCAAGUAGUCCUAAAUAUUCUUCACACAUGAGUGAAUUUGAUUUAACUGAUUUGGAUCAGUUAGAUAUUCGUUCACGAAAUAAUAGUAAUGGCAGUAAUGAAGAUUUAACUAAUGGUAAAUCUUAUGAUAGUUUGGAUGAUAAUCAUUCACAAUUCGAUUUUGAACAAACGCCUAAACUAAAAUCAAUAAAAAAACCAGCAGAGAAGUUUUUCAUAACAGAAACAAUUUAUGAAAUGGAAGACAUUGAGGACAUUGAUGAUGAUGAUUUUAUUAUGUCUGAUGAAGUAGAAACAAAACGGUACAAAUGCUCAUCUCCUCGCAGGCGGCAUCGUUCAGUUAGAUCCCCUGAUUUGGAUUUUGACUUUGACGAUUGUGAAAUCCCAUCCAAUUUAGAUAGAACUAUGCCAGUUGAUAUGCCUACAUCACAUAAAAUAAGAACUUAUUCAAAUUCAAGCGAGACUGAUGAAUGGUCAAUGGUAACUCAAACAGGUAGCCUGAAUGGUAAUGAUUUAUCUGAGAAUAGAUUUCGACCUAUUUCAUCACGAGAAAACAGAUUAUCUGCUGUUCGAGAAUUGUUCCAUAAAUGUUAUAGUACAUACGGUUACAAAACAGAUGGCCCAGAAGGUAUUCUUAGUAAACUAUUGUUUUGAUAUUAGACCAUAUAUAUUUAAAUUGCAGUUUAUUUUUCAUGGUACUAUUUGCAAAGUUUAUUGUGUAAAGGUUCAAAUAGAUUUUUAUAUAACAUAAAUAAUAUUUGACAUGUAUAAUAUUUUUUUUCUAUUUAACUGAGCUGACUUAUUUAAUGCUUUUGUUCUAAAUCAAUUUGUAUUAUAUUACAAUCUGACAUUAUUGAGUAAAAAAAAAAAACCCAACCAAUUAUUCAAUUUUAAGUUACAUACCAAUGUAUAUUAUGUAUUACUCAAUUUUUAUAAGGACUUUAUAUGGAUAGAACAGCUUCUGCUAUUAUUGUUGUGUCCAUAGCCCCUAUAAAUUCACAUACAAAUUUAUUUAUGCUCUUUUGUAUAAUUUAGUUAAUUUAUAUUAUUAUAUUUUUUCUAAAUAUUACUUCCCUUAGUUAACCAUCACACCCAAUAAUAUAUUACCUUGUAAAGGAAAAAUUUUUAAUUUUUGUUUUAUAUAUAUACUUAACAAUACAGGGAAAAUGUGUCAUAAUAUUUUCAAACAUAAAAUUAAUCUUAAUUUAUUUUAGGUGCAUAUUUUUUUUUAUGCAUCCAUGUUUUGUGUAUUACCAUAAUAUUUUAUAUUAUAUUGCAAUAAUUUGCAAAUAAAGUAGUUUAUUAAAAUUAAAUAUACUUAAAACUAAAGGUAUGUGGUAGUAUAAUCAGUUGUCUUUGACCAACAUUUGUAAUAUCAGAAUCAUGUUUCAUAUUCCUAGUGUUGGUGAGUCAGAUGAGUUAAACCUAAUCUGAGAUAAUGGUGACUUAAGUUACAAUUUUACCUUAAUUUAAUUAUCAAGUACACAGAGCGUAAAUGCUUUGCUCAACAUUUGUCUUAAAUACAUCAUACCAAUUAUAAAUUGAUAGGAAUUGAGCAUAUUUUAAGGUACCCGUGUUUCAUAAUUUCAAAAUUGUUUUUAUUUGCAUUCAACACAGUUUAAAUUGCUAUUACUUGGUACUGAGAACUUAUUUUUAAUCCAUCUAAUUAGUAAUACAUUAAGUAAAACCAAUUUUCUAUUAAGUUUACAAUAAUUUAAAUAAAAAUAAAUUAAUAUUAAUAAUUAAAUAACGGGCUCAUAUUUGUUCUUUGGUAUACUUAUAUCAACUAUAAUAAUUUAUUUAAUCUUUAAAUGAUUAUAAUUAAAGUGAGUAUUGUAUCGUUCAAAUAUAUAAAAUAUGGGAGUCAUUUGCACAUUUUGGAAUAUGAUUUUUCGUAUUUGCUUAAUUUUUCAAGAUAAAUGUGUUAGCUUAAAAUUAUUGGCUGUUCACCAUUAUCUUGGAGUCCUAAAAAAUAUCAGAAAAUAUAAUAUAGCUACUUAAAAAAUAUAUCUUGUAAGAUAAAAGUCAGUUGUAAAAAUACUAUAAAUUAUUUAAAAUGCAGAAUAUAAAAAAUAUAUUAUAGGUAGUUACAUAAAAAAAAAAGAUUGAAGAUGUAUAGAUUAAUACAUUUUUAUGUAGACCAAUACAAAAAGUCAUACAUUUGUAUUAAGUAAUCGAACCUUGAUAAAUUUCUAGCUCUAUAACAGUUAUUACCUGGCUAGUUUUAUGUUAUAUAUAAGUUAUAUCAGUUAGGAUCUUUUUCUAAUUAAUUAGUGUGUUUAAUUAUUUGCUAGGGUGCUAGGAACCAUACAUGCAGGACUUUUGGAGUAAGGCUAAGGUCUAAGGAAAACCUUAAAGAUCUUAAAGUGGUUCUAGUCUAGUAUUAAAUAAGUGUUAAUAUAUGUCUCUUAUGAUAUAUCGCCUAUCUGUGAAACUGAAAGUAAAUUAAUGCAUAAAUGGCAGUGAUCACAUAUCAAUUUUUAUAGGCGUAAGCACGUAUAUCAACAAUACUAGUAUAUCAUAAUAAUUUCAGGUAUAUGAACUCAAGCAUAACUAAAUAAACAGGCAUGCCAGUUUGAUAACACUACAAACAAAAUUUUCCUUAGACUUCGAACAAAUGCUAAAUUAUUGAACACUAUAAUAAUAUACAUUUUGUCCUAUUGAUAUUGUUCUUUCCAUUUCUGAAAAACCUAAUGCAAUGUUAGCGAAGAUAAAAUAUUAGCUAAUAUAUUUGUUUAUUUAGUCAUGAGUACAAGGUUAGCAUACUGAAUACUGUGUUUUCUAGGUCCUUCUAAAUAGAAGAAAAUAGGAAUUAAACUAUUUAAAAAAAAAUCGAUUAUUGGGUUGAUCCAACUAUGUUGUUAUACCAUUAAAGCUAGAUUUUGACAUAUUCAUAUUUAUUUUGUAUUAAAAAUGAUAUAAGCUAAAAGUUGAUCGAUUUUGAUUGAACUAAUUUUAAUCAAAGAUGUGAGAAAAAAACAGUUUUAAUGGAUCAUAUUAAUGGUUGCCAUUUAUAAUUUAAAAACUUCCUAAUAUUUCACCAUAUAUGAUUUAGUUUUAAUCAAAUUAAAAUCUUAUCAUUUUGCCAGUUACUUAGAUCUGCAUAUUAUAAUACAUUUUGUCCAACAAUAAUGACCUUAAAUUUUAAACAUUUACAUAAUUAAAAAUAAAUAAGUUAACAUCUAAAUGCUAUUAUGAAGUCACUUUUCAACCAUGUAUCUUUACAUUUUGAUAUAACUUUAUUUUCACUCAGGUGUUAUGGUAUAAUUUAAAUAAUAAUUUAUAGAUAUAGAUCAUUACUAUAAUUUUAAUAUUUAUUUAAUAAAUUUAAAUAUAUACUAGAUCAAAUAAAUCUAUUUUAUACUGAUAUAUAUUGGCUAUUGUAAUAUAUUUUGUUACACCAUUUUGACUUACUCAACUAUUUUCACAGUUUGACUUUUGUCUAGGAAAAAUAUAUAUUAUGUUACAUCUUAUAUAUCAAUUGUAUAGAAAAUAUGAAACACAAUUUUGAUAUUCAAUGUUAUUAUCAUUUUAGAAAAAGAUACACUUAGUAUUGUUACCACAUUCCUUUACGUUUUAAUUUAUCAUAAUUUUUAGAGCUAGAGUUAAGAAAAUUACUAGCAAGUAAUGAAAUUAGUGGGAAUUAGAGUACAUACAUAUUGUAAUAGAAUUUGUGUUUUUGUUACAUUUUGAUUAAUUCAUAACUGGUAAUGUUGUACCACAAGUUUGGUAAAAACUUAUGAUGAAAGGAUAUAAAUAAAUCUGUGGGUUGUAAUCUUGCAGCUAAAGAAUAUAAUUUAAUGUAAUAAUUUUUUUUAUGUUGUACAUAUUAUACAUUUAGAUAUAUAUUAUUAUUAUAUUAUAUACUAUAAUUGUGUUUCAAUAAAAACUAUGUUGUUAUAACAUUAGGUUAUAUCAUAUUUCCCUGAUUUAUUUAAGUAUAAUCUCUUUGUCUUCAUACAGUAUAUCGUAUAUUAAACAUUUUAAAAUCAAAUGUGUACAAACUAAUUUUACUCGGUUCAUAUUAUGCAUAGAAUGACCAAUAAAAUUGAACAAACCGUUAAUAGAAUUUCUUUUUUACAAAUAAAAUAAAUAGUUUAUUUACUUUUUUUGAAUAUUUUGUUUAAUUUUUCUUUAAAAAAUAACCCUCAAAAUAAUCAAUUUCAAUUACUUUCAAAAUUAAAGUUUGUGAUGAUAACCUCUCAAAGCCAAUUUAAUUAUCCAACUAAUCAGUAUAGUAGGUUGUUUUUAAUUUGUUUAGCAUUGGCAGGACAAUAAGAAAUCGAUAUCAAUAGUACUUUGUCCAAGUUUUUUUUAAAAUAAUUUUAAGAUUAUUAAAAAAAAAUACUGAUUUUUUCACAGAUUAAACUAAAUUAACUUGAUUCUUUUUAGAUACCUAUUUUUAUUUUAAUAUGUAAUUCAUUUUUAAUUUAUAUUUUUUUAUUUUGUAAUUUUUAUCAGAAUUUAUAAAUUAUGUUAUUGGUAAAAAGUUUCUUGAUCAUUGAGUAUCAUUGAAAAACUUUCAGUAAUUCAAAAAAAAAAAAAUCACAAAACCAUACAAUACUAAUCUUAUUUAUCCAGACUACCGACUUCUAUUGCAUAAUCAAUAAUUCAUUUUUAAUAUAAUACUUAUUUAUCUUAACUUAUAGUAACAAAAUAUCAAACAUAUAAUUAAUAAUUUUAGUCAUUAAGAUAAAUUUUUAAACUCAAUUAAAAAAAUGCAUUGUAUUUAAUUUAGGUUAACCAAGUUGAUACAAACGUAAAAUUUUAUAUUGUAAAAAUAAAAACUAAUUGUUUAUUAUAAUAAUUCCAAUUUUUAUUUGAUUUCUAACUGAAAUGUAAAAUAAUGUUAGUUAAUGAAAUUGUGUGGCCUACUUAAAAUAUUAUAAAAACUUACUUAAAAAAUAUUUCUUUAUUAAAAAUAUGAAAAUGUAUUUUAUAAUGUUAAAAAUGAUUAAUGAAUGCUUAUUAAUAUUUUAUAUUAUAAAUGGUUUCCUUGCAAGUAACUGUCAGUCAAUAUGAAAUACCACGACUGACUUUGGUUUGAUAAAAUCAUGUUAUUUGAUCAAGUUUUUUUAUUUUAUGUAAAUUUUGAAUAUUCAUAAAUAUGUAAAGAUAAAAUGUAAUUUAAUUUUACAUUGUACAUCAUCAAUGAUCCAAUAUAUAAAGAAUUUGUUUUUUUUUUUUUUUUUAUCAGUUAUAUAAGCUGAUAUGUAUGACAGCAAUAUUGGUGAAUCUAAUAACCUGUCACAUUUCUUGCUUAAAUGUGAAUUUAACUUUAACAGGUAUAAGUCUUAAGUUAUAGUUAUAAGAAAAAAAUCAUAAUAGGCUGUUUUAAGAAUUUUAUAAUUACAGUUAAUAUAUUGUUAAGUUCUGAAAUUUACAUGACUGUUUACUUAACUUAUAUUAACAUAAUAUUAUUCAAUAUAAAAAAUAAAUAGGUUUUUAUACAUUAAAAUAUGUUAUGAUAUGUAAGAUAUUAAGAAUGUAUUGUUUUUUUUUUGGAGGGGGGGGAUUUCAAAAUUUACAAAAUUAAAUGUACUUAAUAUUACUUUUUUAAACUAUUCAUGGUCUUGAACUGCACACUUAAUUUAUUGUGACUAAUUAAUUUUAAAAUUGACCUAUUUGUUAUAUGCAAAUAGCAUUAAUUAACAUCAAAAUUGCAACAAACACGGACACCAAAAUUGUUUAAAUUGGACUUAAAUAACUGUGUUCAUAGAAUUAAGAAGUACUUAAUAUUUGUAUUCUUGUAAUAUUAGCUUAAUGACUGGCAGGUUAUAGAUGUAUGCCUCAUGUUGUUAUUACUUGUAUGUGCAAACUGUCAGAUUUCCAAAUUAGUUUAAACUGGUAUAUGGUAAACACUGAUGAAUAAUUGUGUUAAGAUUGUUUUUAUGUAAUUUCCUUUUAUUGUUAAUGUUAUAAAAUGUAUCAAUUUUUGUAACAUUUCAUAAUAAUUUAUCUUCUGAAAAAUUAAUAA